ACCCCUUCGCCAGAUAGCAACGGAACGUCCUCAAGGAUUCACAACGUCCGCGGUAUCGCGGAAAAGUGUCAGAGUGAGCGCUCGGCGCUCUCCCCCGGCUCUGUGCGCUGUAACCGGAUCGGGGCAGAGCAGAAGGACGUACAGGAGGCUUGUUUGCCUCCGAACGAGCCAAUGAGGCCGGCUUUACAUUAGACUGACAGCCUGGCUCCGCGAGCCCGGAGACGCCAUUCGGGUUUAACGGCUGCGCGACAGCCAAUACGGAUCCGCGACGGACAGGAACGGAGGGAAACAAGAAAAUACGAAUCUGCCUUCCUGGAGGUCAAGCCGUUGGCGGCCACCUGUAGAAUAGUGGAUCCUGUUUAAAGAAAAGGGAGGACAACAGCCGCAACCAUGGCUCUGUCGCAGUGCUUGGACGACUCACCUCUGCGAUUGGGUCCAAAACGCACCGGGGCACUCGACGACCUGAACCCGCAGGAGGUCUACAACGAGAGACACCGGCUGGCCCUGGAGGAGCUGCUUUCCGGAGGGCUCGACAACUUUCUGGACUUCCUCAGGAGAGAGAAGAUCCCCAACUUUCUGUCGGACGACGAGAUUCGGCGGAUCAGGAGCACCGCCGUGCCCUCGCGGUGCGUGUCCUUCCACGGGGAGGACCAGGCGCUGGAGCAGUCGCUGAGCAGCUCCCAGGACUGCUCCUCCGUCACCUAUUUCCCCGAGGUGUCGGACGUGGAGCCGCCGCUGCUGGAGAUGGGCUGGCCCGCCUUCACCGCGGGGUCCUACCGGGGAGUCACACGGGCCGUGGCGCACUUCCAGCCCAGCUACGGGGAGUGCAUUUACAGCUGCAAGGAGGCUGCGAGGCGUAUGAUUAAAAGUGCCCGAGAGGUGAUUGCCAUAGUUACAGACUCCCUGACAGACCUGGAUAUCUUUAAGGAUCUUCAGGAGGCAUGUUCCCAACGCAGAGUCCCUGUCUACAUCCUGCUGGACCUAUCAUGUGCCCCCGCUUUUCUCAAGAUGUGCAGAAAUGUCGGCGUUCGGCUGGAUGACCUUCGGCAAAUGAGAGUGCGAACCAUAACUGGAACGACUUACUACAUGAGAUCAGGAGCGAGGAUUACUGGGAAGGUUCAUGAGCGGUUCAUGCUGAUUGAUGGAAACAGAGUAGCUACAGGUUCCUACAGGUUCAACUGGACUGAUGGCAAACUGAACAGCAGCAACCUCAUCGAGCUUUCUGGCCAAAUAACAGAGAAGUUUGAUGAGGAGUUCCGCAUCCUCUACGCCCAGUCUCUGCCCAUGAAUUCUCGAGGACCUCCAAGUGUCCGAAACAGCGGCAUCUACGAUCACCUCCUCAUCAAACACUCAGUCACCUCCUCCCCCCGCGUGGCCAGAGAGAGGCCUGUGGAGCCAGUGUGUCUGACCAGCACACCCAGCCGCAAGCCCCGCACCUUAGUGGCGCAGCACACGUCUGAACUUUCAACUCCAGAUCGUCAUAAAACCAGCCCAGUGUCUGACUCCUCCACCAUAGGUGAGGCCUGGACGGAGCAGCAGCACAUGCAGGAUGAGAUCCUGGCUGGUAGCACGACUCUGCGUUUCCCUGCAGAGCAUCUACCAGAAAAAGAACCAGUGAUCCCCAGCACGGUCUCCUGCCACGCCUCCACUCAGACCAGCCGGUCAGUGACGGAGACGGACACCCAGACCGACCUCCAGCUAGACACCCAACACCCCAACCCCGUCACAUGUACAAGCACAGGACCAAACCAGGCCAGCUCUCCCUCCUUGGUGUCGCCCAGGCAGGCUUCGCCCACCCAGGCAGCCCCAGACGGCACCUUGAAGGACUGCUUCCACAAGCUGACCAACGAGCGCCAGUACCACUACUCCACCAUCCGCUCCAAGCUGGAACACAUGGUGACCGCCCUGUCCCAGAGGCGAGAGCUAGCGGACGUCACCAACAUGACUCAGGGGCCUGGCGCUCACAGCAGGCAGAGGGCACACAAAGACUGGGAGCAGGAACCAAACCCCAGACUGCUUGUUGAAAGUGCGGGCGUGGGCACGUGGCCAAGAGCCAGAUGUGUACACUAGUUUGUCUUCAGGGAUUUUGGUGAUGGAGGGUAGUGGGCAAAGAGCUGUUGCAAGCUUUCUUGGAGACCUUUUGUUUCAAAUAAAUGCUUUUGGCUUAUGCAGUAGAAUUUCAGCUUUUUUUUCUUUGUCUUCUGUUCCACCGUGCCCACUUUUCUCCCUUUGCACGCUGUGUCCCGUCCACGUCGAAGUAAUGUUUGGUGAGAUGGUAAUGCCUGAUUGUAACUGACACUAACAUCUUUCAGAGAAUAAUUUGGACCAAAGACACACGGUGCAAUAGUCAUUUUUUUGACAAUGUCACUUUAAUGAAUAUCAUUUGCUGAGGUGGUUAAGUACACUGUAGCUGCUGUGGUAGGAGUGAAAAUGCAUUGAAGUGCUGUUUUGGUUAUUUAAAUCACAUUUGGCUGCUGUAACUGCAUCUGAUCAUCAUUCCAGAGAGCAGCUGACUCUCACCGUGCCUUGCUAAUAAAUAAAGUGGUGUUUUGCUUGACCGGG